CUUUGACCUGAUGCAGUUAUGGUUCUUUGAAAAUAAUGUCUUUCAUUUUCAGCCACAAUCAAGUAUUUCAACUUUAAAGUCAACGUCACCCAACAGUAUCUGAAGAUUUUCUGCUUUCCAUAUCCAUAACACAAGAGAGAUGUCACAAUCUAGGCUACCUAAAAACAGGAUGAAGAUUUUUUUAAAGUUUCUUCUCAUAUGUCAUUUUGCUUCUCCAGAACCACAUUCCCUGGUGUAUGUUCUUUGUGGUAUCUCAGGAAGCUCCAAACUCCCUGAAUUUUUUGCCUAUACAAUAGUUGAUGGAGUUCACAUUGGUUCUUGUGAGAACAGUACAGACAUAAAACCAGGAACACCUUGGAUAAACAAACUAUUCGAGGGUGAACCCCAGCAUCUACAGUGGUUGAAAAAUAAAUGCCACAACAACUGGUUGAUCUUCCAAGCAGCCAUUACAACUCUAAAACAACGCUUUAACCAGUCGGAGGGUAUCCAUAUUUAUCAAAGAAUGAAUGGAUGUUUUUGGGAUGAUGAAACCGAAGACUUUGAUGCUUUUAACCAGUAUGGUUAUGAUGGUGAAGAUCUCAUGCGUUUUGAUCUGAAUACUUUGACAUGGGUCACCCCAAGACAUCAGACUGUCAUCACCAAACACAACUGGGACACUGAUAGUCUGUUUUGGAAGUAUGCACUGACAGAAGAAUGCAAACGUUUCCUUCAGCUUUAUUUGAAUUAUGGGAGAAAUACAUUGCAGAAAACAGUUCAUCCUUCAGUGUCCCUCCUCCAGAAGAUUUCCUCCCCAGUGGUCACCUGCCACGCUACUGGUUUCUUUCCUGAAAGAGCCAUGUUGUACUGGCGGAAAAAUGGAGAGGAGAUCCAUGAAGGAGUGGAGAACGGAGAGAUCCUCCUCAAUAAUGAUGGGACCUUUCAGAUAAGUGUGGACCUCAGCGUUUCGUCAAUCAAUGAUCAAGACUGGAACCAAUAUGAUUGCCUUUUUCAGUUCUCUGGUUUAGAGGAUAAAAUCACCACCAGACUCGACAGGGCCAUGAUCAAGACAAAUCCAGGAUCUUCAGUUGAAAAACACUUUGUUUUUACUGCUGGAGUUCUGCUGCUUUUAACAGGCCUUGUCAGUGCAGCUGUUGUGGUCUGGAGAAGAAGGAAUAGAAAUGGCUUGUGAUUUGAGGUUAACCUAGUUGAGAUCAAGUGCAACAGAACUGACCACCAAGGAGAUUGAUCCUGC